CGCGCCCGGGGGCUCCCCUUGUGUGCGAGUGCGCGGGGGCGUGCGCGGGGCCGGGGCCAUGGAGGAGCUGAGCAGCGUGGGAGAGCAGGUCUUCGCCGCCGAGUGCAUCCUCAGCAAGCGGCUCCGCAAGGGCAAGCUGGAGUACCUGGUCAAGUGGCGAGGCUGGUCCUCCAAGCACAACAGCUGGGAGCCUGAGGAGAACAUCCUGGACCCCCGGCUGCUGCUGGCUUUCCAAAAGAAGGAACACGAAAAAGAAGUGCAGAACCGGAAGAGGGGCAAGCGGCCGCGGGGCAGGCCCAGGAAGCACGUGGAACCAGAGAUGCCAGCGAAAGCUAAGUCGAGUAGCUCCUCUUCCUCCACGUCCUCCUCUUCCUCCUCCUCCGAGGAAGAGGACGAAAGCGAUCUGGAAGCAAAGCGAGGCCCCCGCAGCAGGGAGACGCACCCGGUGCCGCAGAAGAAAGCUCAGAUCCUGGUGGCCAAGCCCGACAUGAAAGACGCUUCCAGGAAGAAGCGUGGGCGGAAACCUCUUCCCCCGGAGCAGAAGGCGGCUCGAAGGACCGUGAACCUGACAAAGGUGCUGAAAACGUCCCGGAAGGAGGUGGCGGGCGGCCCCAAGCCGCUGGGGAAGCUGCAGCCCCAGCACAGCGCGCAGGGCUCGGGCCUGGCUCUGCUGAAGGAUGCGCAGGGCGGCUUGGCCGGGCUCGGCUCGGGCGGGUCCUCGGUGGAAAACCUGCCCAACAUGAUGAAGGGCGGCUCGGCGAGCCCCAGCCAGGCCAUCAGCUGGCAGAGCUCCAUCGUGCACUACAUGAACAGGAUGUCCCACAGCCAGGCCGCAGCCGAGAGCUCGGCCCUGGGCAGGCUGGCGCUGAAGGCACAGGCAGCCGGUAAGGGCAGCUUAGGGCUGGACUUGAAAAUGAGGAGCCAGAAAGGCUCUGGGGAGCUGGGGCUGAGCGUGCAGGGACCCAAAACCACGAAGGCUUCCGGCAGCGGCGCCGGAGGGGACCAGAAAUCGGGGUUUGCUGCCGGAGGCCAAGCGCUGCCCAACGGCAGCAAGACGCCAUCGAGCUCGUCUGGGUCUGGCCUCCAGCCGGCCUCCAGCCAGGAGCUGAACCUCCAGGCUCUGAACCUGCAGAGCGUCAAGAACGGGCCGAGCGUGGCCGGCGGGAGCAGCGUCCCCCGGCACCUCUGCGGCUCCCUGGCCAAGGGCUCUGCGGGCGCCAAGGGCGGCGCGGCCGGGGCCGGGCUGAGCGCCGCCGGCGCUGGCUCGCUCCCAGGGGGGGACGGUGGCAAGAGCAAGAAGCAGACGCAGCGGGCAGGUGACAGGGACUCGGCCAAAGGUGGCUCAGCUGGCGCUCAAGAGGGGCACGCGGCCGCGGAGAGCCGCAAAGCCUCCGCCCUGUCAGAGGCGAGCACGGGCGAGGACAGCAGCUCGGAUUCGGACCGCGAUUCGUCUUCCCUCCCAGGUGUGGGUCAGAACAUGUCUGUUUCCAUCCAGACCAGCCAGGACUGGAAGCCCACCCGCAGCCUGAUUGAGCACGUCUUUGUCACCGAUGUCACCGCUAACCUGAUCACGGUGACGGUCAAGGAGUCCCCCACCAGCGUCGGGUUUUUCAACCUGCGGCAAUACUGAGC